UCACGGUGAUGUUUCCUGCCGGACAUAAAUAAGACACGGACUCCGGCUCUUCCUGUUGUGUUAACGUAGCUCGGUGCUGAGCUCGGGCAGAAAUGGAGAAAUUUGCGCGGCGAGGCGAAACACGCAACCUGCCCGCGAAGAAACGCGCCCUCCCCGAACACCGGUGGACCGAAUAAACCGCUCAGAAGCAGCGGGCAGCAGUCCCACCCGCCGCGGGGCUUCAGUCACCCCCACCCCGCCUCUGGUGUCCGCGACAUGGCUCUCAGCUCGGGCGGCUGGGCUCCUCCAGCCCCGGUCCCUGCCUCCUCGUCCCAGCAGGCUGCCUGCGGCGGGCUUGCGCCGACCGCCUGCUGCACUACCGUUCUGAUGUCAGUCCGAGUGUCGGUGUGCCACUCCGGGAUCCGGCCCCUGUGCCUCCCGGGGGCGGGCAGCGAGACUCUGCGCCUCCAGCUCAGCAUGGACCCGAGCCGGGCCGGAGAGUUCCGCCUGGCGCUGCGAGAUACGAGCGGAAACCGCAGUGUGUUCAUUGUAGAGUUUGACCUGCGCUCGGUGCAGUAUGAGGUCAAGUCCCCUCGCUGCCAUGAGAUGCGUCUUGCGGCUCCACCACACGACUGCAWCCGCUUCAACUUCCGCUGUGACCGGGAGGCGGAGGAGUGGGCCACUGUGGUGAUGUCAUCACUAAGAGAGGCACAUAGAGUUGCAAACAUUAACAUGUACGACUCAGAGGGAAGACAGAACCAUACGGUAGCAACUAUGGAGCAGUGGAGCUCUGCCUCACUGCCGCUAACUGAGGAGCUGUGCUUGGAGCUCACCAGGGCGAUCGAAGCAGGCGACACUCAAGCCGCUUCCCAACAUGUGUCCGCUCUGGCUCGACAGAAAGCGGUGCUGACGAUUCAGCUGUCUGAAAAGAACUACGCUGACGGGGAGAUUAGUUUGUCUGUGGUCGUGGAGGACGUCUCGUCGUCCUGUUGCGUCACAGUGAAAGUGUUCCCCUACAUGACGGUGGCUGCGCUCAAGCAACAGGUGUUUGUCGAGUACGGUUUCCAUCCUCGCGUGCAGCGCUGGGUGAUCGGUCAGUGUUUGUGCACUGAGCCGAGGUCGCUAGCGUCGUACGGGGUGCAGAAGGACGGGGACACGGCGUACCUCUACCUGAUCUCCGCUCGACAGGCCCGUGUUACCCGCCAGCUGUUCCAGCAGGACCUGGAGAGCGCCCUCCUUGCCCCGCCUCUCCCCCCAGGCAAUGGACCCACCUCCCAGGAUUGGAGGGCUUAUAGCACGCUGCCCUCGAGGCUACCACACAACAACCAGGGCGGCACAGGCGGAGGAGGCGAUAGACCAGGUGAUAUCAAAGAUGUCCUCGAUUUGGAGAAUCUGCGCCUGAAUGAUCACAGCAACAAAGCCAGUAAAACACAGACAGAGUGGGCCUGUCCCUCAUGCACUUUCAUCAACAAACUGUCGCGUCCGGGCUGCGAGAUCUGUGCCACAGCCCGACCCGACACACACAUCCAGCAGGAGAAAGGGAGGAGAGAGGACCGGGGGGAGUCUGGUUUGAGCAGCAGCUGACUGCCCAUCAUCACCCUCCUGUUGCAUUGUCUCACUCACACACACAUACAUGCACACACACGCAGAGUGAGGAUGCUGCAUCCGCCACAUACGUACAUGUCAACAAAAAUACUCACAUGCAGACUGUCGAGUGCACUGAGAGUCGUCCGACAGCGAGAUGGCUGCGGACGACGUUUGAGGCGCUGUAGCAUGACACAGGCUCAGACCACGGUGGAUGCUCAGAGGAUGAACUGCAGCAUCAAGCUUUGACCAUUCAUGAUGAUGAUGAUCCUGACAUACAUCUGAAAUUGGCCAGAACUCUUUCUUAUUUAUUUUACAGGGUGGGUGUGU